AUGGCUUUGCGGCUCCCUGGAGGUGUGCGAACUACUGAUGAAUUCUGGGAUAUGCUUAUCAACAAAAAGACUGGUCAUUGUGAAAUCCCUGGAAACAGAUUCUCGGUUGAUGCUUUCUAUAGCGAGACACGAACUCAUUCUGUUAGAACCAAGCAUGGAUACUUCCUCCAAGAAGAUCCUGCCGAUUUUGAUCCUGCUUUCUUCUCUGUCCCACUGCGUGAAGCUUCUCGAAUGGACCCUCAGCAGCGAAAACUACUGGAAGUUGUGUGGGAGUGUUUGGAGAGCGCAGGAGAGACAAAUUGGCGAGGCAAGAACAUCGGCUGCUACGUCGGGGUCUUCGGUGGUGACUGGCUUAGUCUGGCGGACAGAGACCCACUGGCAACCGAUCGAUACUAUGCAAUUGAAACAGGAGAUUUCGCCUUGUCAAACAGAAUAUCCUAUGAGUACGAUUUUUGCGGACCGAGCAUGACACUAGAAACAGGCUGUUCAUCAUCGAUGACAGCAUUACAUGAGGCAUGUCAAGCGCUAUGUUCGGGACACUGCUCGGCGGCUAUUGUCGCUGGAACAAAUUUGAUCCUGUCACCAACCAUGAUGACAUCGAUGUCGGAGAACCUGGUCAUUUCACCGAGCGGAAUGUGUCGCAGCUUCGAUAAUGCGGCUGAUGGAUACGGAAGGGGAGAAGCCGUGAACGCUAUCUACAUUAAAGCCUUGAGCGAUGCUGUUAGAAACAAUGAUCCGAUUCGAGCUGUGAUUCGAGCGACAGCUACGAACAGUGACGGCAAAACACCGAAUAUCACUACUCCCGGUGUACAUUCUCAACGAAAGCUUAUAGAGACAACAUACAGAAGAGCACGCAUUGCUAACUUGUCAGAUACCGGUUACUUUGAAUGCCAUGGCACGGGAACGCAGGUAGGCGAUUCAGCCGAAGUCUCCGUUAUCGCUCAAUUAUUUGGAAAGGACGGGGUUACAAUAGGCUCGGUCAAACCCAACGUAGGCCACUCAGAAGGGGCGUCCGGCAUUACUAGCAUUAUCAAAAGUGUGCUGUCCUUGGAGAGAAGGGUUAUCCCUCCAACCAUUUGUCGGAGUCCAAAUCGCGAUAUACCCUUCGAAGAAGGAAAGCUUCGUUUGCCCUCAGAACCAACACCCUGGCCCCAGAACUGCCAGGAAAGAAUCAGUGUCAACUGUUUCGGGAUUGGGGGAUCAAAUGUUCACGCAAUAAUUGACUCCUACUCCUCGACUGUCAAAGCUCGUGCCGACGAGACCACGCGAAACGAGAAUAGAGCCGAACUUUUGGUGUUGUCAGCAAGGAACGAAGACAGCUUGCAGGCUCGCAUAGCCAGUUUCACAGAGUUCGCAAACAGAAAUACUGCGACACUUUCAGAUCUUGCUUAUACCCUUCGAGCCAGACGUGUACAUUUGCCCAACCGGGCUUUUGUUAUAGCACGUCCCAACGACUUGAUCGAUGCCUCUGCGUUUCAGAUUUCUGAAGCGAAAGAUCGCCUCGCCAUUCUUACCUUUUCUGGACAAGGUGCUCAUUGGCCUGGAAUGGGAAAGGCUUUGAUGAGUCGAUUUGUAGAUUUUCGGACUUCGAUCGAUGAGAUGGACGGCAUACUGCAGAGUCUCCCUGAUGGGCCCGAUUGGUCUUUAGCAGAUGAGAUAACUACUGAGACUAACUCUCGUAUCCACGAAGCACAGAUAUCCCAACCAUUAUGCACUGCCUUUCAAAUUGGCCUAUACCACGUGCUAGCGAACCUUGGCUUGAAAGCCUUAUACGUGGUAGGGCAUUCUAGCGGAGAAAUAGCUGCGGCGUAUGUGGCAGGAGCAAUCACAAUGAGAUGCGCCAUCAUAUUGGCAUAUUACCGCGGGGUAGCUGCAAAGCUUGAGCAGGGCCGUGGAUCUAUGUUUGCUGUCAGUCUCAGCUCGCAAGAGAUAGGCCCUUACCUGGGAGAUGGUGUUGUCAUUGCUUGCAUCAAUAGCCCGAAGAGUGUAACCCUUUCUGGCGACAAGGACGAACUGGAAAGGACCAUCCAGUAUAUCAGGCAGCAAAAGCCCGAGACACUCUGUAAGAUGCUGAAAAUAGAUGUGGCCUAUCACUCCCAUCACAUGCUGCGCUGCGGCCGCUUUUAUGAAGCUUUGAUAGCACCACACAUGGAGCACCCCUCAACGCAUAUGCUUCCUCUCGCGUCAAGCGUGACUUGCUCCAUUAUCGAGGACCCCGUUGAGCUGGGAUCCUCCUACUGGCGUCGGAACUUGGAAUCCCCGGUGGAAUUUCAAGGUGCCAUCGAAGCAAUUUUGAAGAAGGAGCCACGAUCGCAAGUGACUUUGGAAGUUGGUCCUCACUCUGUGUUGUCAGGCCCAUUGAAGCAGAUAUGGAGAGAUCAAGGGUCCGGUCAGAACCACGUUUAUGUCCCAACUAUCCUGCGCGGCAGUAAGGAUGCAGAGAUUCAACUCCUAGAGACUAUCGGCCUUCUUCAUUGCAACGGCGUACCCGUUAACUUCGGACUAACAGAUUCCGAAGCAAAUAAAAAGGUAGUCACAGGGUUGCCACUGUAUCCUUGGGCACGGGGGAAAGCUCAAUGGCAAGAGAGUCGUGUGGUACGCGACUGGAGGUUCCAUGCGGCCAUGCAUCAUGAGCUCCUGGGUUCUCGCGUGUCAGAGAUGCCCGAGCUUGAGCCGACAUGGAGAAACUUACUCUCUCUUUACAGUGUUCCUUGGAUAUGUGAUCAUGUUCUGCAAGGAAGUGUGGUUUUUCCGGCCGCAGGCUAUAUUGCAAUGGCAGGGGAAGCGAUACAGCAACUGUUUCCCGCAACAGAAGGUUUCGCAAUUAGGAACCUCAUCCUCAAGGCUCCCUGGGUAUUGGAAGGGAGUGCAACCUUCGAGGUUAUUACCAGCUUCAAACCCACCAAGUAUUCCGACAUGGAAGACUCAGAGUGGUAUUCCAUGUCCGUUAUGGUCCACGACGGCAUUUCAUGGAUCAAACACUGCCAAGGGCUGGUGAGACCGGAGUCAGCUGCGCGUCAACAUGCCGAGCGACCACAGACUCACCCUCGUUUUGUCGAAUUCGGAAGCUGGUAUAAUGCUCUGAACAAAAGAGGACUCAAUUAUGGCCCGCGGUUUCGAGGUCUCAGGGAAAUAUCAGCAGAUCCACUUGCGCUCACUGCGGUAGCAUCAAUCGUGGAUGAUGCAUCUGAACACGAUAGCAGAUAUUUUGUUCACCCUACCGCCAUAGACCACUGUCUACAACUACUGAGCGUCGCCCAGUCUAAUGGGCUCAUGCGUCGCUUGCCUGGACUGGCAAUUCCGGCCUCUAUAGGGGAGAUCUACGUCACCCAUGGGAAUAAGCAUAUGAAUGUUCAUGCUGCAAUCAACCCUAGUGUUUUUGAAAAGCGACUAGGGAACGUGAAUCUGUGUGCAGACAGCCAUGUGAGACUGUCAUUGCAAAAGGUCUUCUUGUUCACCUUGGAUGAUGAUGGUCUCGACAACGAUCCUGCUGUUCCAUUAGUCGCCCAGAUGGAGUGGACGAAGGAUAUAGACUUCCUACCUUCUGAUCAGUUGCUAAUUGAGAGAGCUCCAAUGUACUGUGGUGACAUAGCAGCGAGAGUGGUACAGGCGAUGGGCAAAAUUGCCAUUCUUUAUAUCCUGAAUACCGCAGACAUUGUGGGGUCCAUCACCCCGUGUUCUGGCCAUAUGAAGAAAUGGAAAGAUCAUAUCACAAGCCAGGCUCGCAACGUUGCGGAAGGUAAAGAAAUCAUCUUCGCAGGGUCCCAGGACUGGGUGUCUAUGGGAGCCGACAAGAGAAAAGACCUCAUUCGUGAGACCUUGGAGGAUAUUAAGCCCGUACCACGAGAAUGGACCGUCCUCCCCACAAUGCUUCAGCGGGUCUAUGAGAACUGUGAGCAGUUUUUGCUCGGUAUAGUCUCUCCACUAGAUGUCUUCUUCGAGGACAACAUACUCGAAAGAUAUUAUGCUGUCACCCCGCCACAACAGACGAAAGACUUCCUGUACUUGCUGGGCAAAACAAACCCUGGACUUCGUAUUCUCGAAGUUGGGGCGGGAACUGGAUGUGCCACUUCUGAAGCACUGAAAUAUCUCCAGACGCCGAAUGGUGUUCGGCUCUUUUCGUCAUACACGUUUACUGACAUCACACCUGGCUUUUUUGCGACUGCUGCGGACAAGUUCAAGGACUAUAGUGGCCUCAAUUUCAGAACUCUCGAUAUCACCAAGUCACCCGCCGAGCAAGGAUUUGAGCUACAUAGCUUUGACCUGGUGAUUGCAUCUAACGCUUUGCAUGUUACUCCAAUACUUCAGACCUCAUUGAAAAGCGUGCACGACCUCCUACGUCCAAAUGGGCGCUUGUUGCUACAUGAGCUUGACCCCACAAUCUGGAUCAUAGACUUUUUGAUGGGAGUAUUUCCUGGAUGGUGGCUCGGAGAAGAGACAGAUAGACAACAGCGACCGUACGUAUCACCUGGGAGAUGGGAUCUAGAGCUCAAGCAAGCGGGUUUCACCGGGAGUGAGGCUGCAGUUUACGACAAUCAACGCCCAUUCCACACGAACUUUACUAUGUUAUCAAGACCUUUAGAAUGCAAAACAGUACAACGGGGCUCUGUUCAUCUUCUGCGCAACGAGCCUGAGAGCAUUUGGGCACAGGGCCUGCGUAGAUGUCUUGUGCAGAGUGGCUACUGUGUGACAUCUGGUAGCAUGGGAGAAGAGUAUCCUAAUGGCGCCCUUGUUGUUUCUUUUCUCGAUCAUGAUGAACCUUUCUUAUACAAUAUCACAGAUGGAGCCUUUGGGUUACUGCGAGACGUUGUCCAGAACAUUGGUGGAGGUGCGAUACUCUGGCUUACGCAUCCGUCCCAUUUGAGCUGCCCGGACCCUCGUUUCGGUCUCAUACACGGCUUUGCACGCACCAUGCAACAGGAGAACGAUAUAUCGUUCACGAUAUUUGAGAUUGAUUGUUUCAACUUCAAAGCAUACUCAUAUAUUAUGCGCUUGAUCGAGAAGAUGGGGCAGGCGAAACAUCUCUCCUGCGCAAGCAUUGACCAAGAGUAUGCUCUGCACCAGGGCGACGUGUAUGUCAGUCGCUGUCAUUGGCCUGUAAAGGACACAUCGACGUCCCCAACGGAGCAAAAGAGUAGCAUGUGCAAGAAACUCGAUAUAUCUGCAUAUGGCCUUUUGGAUACACUGCAUUGGUUUGAUACGGCCAACCCCUCGCUAGGAGACGAUGAAAUCGAGGUUGACGUCCGUUACGUUGGAUUGAAUUUUAGGGAUCUGAUGGUUGCCAUGGGAUUGGUUGGUGACCGCCGUAGUCUAGGAUUCGAGGCGGUUGGUGUCGUCCACCAAAUUGGGUCGCAAGUGCAUGGGUUUCAGCCCGGAGACAGAAUAUGCUUCACUCAGAACGGGCUCUUUGCGACAAGAGCCGUGGCCAAUCAAAGUUACUGCGUGAAAAUACCAGAUGCAUUGGCCAUGGAAGAUGCAUCCACUAUGCUGUCAGUUUACGCCACUGCACUAUACUCUUUCCUUCGCGUUGGGGCGCUUCAGGCUGGCCAGAGCGUUCUAAUUCACUCGGCAUGCGGGGGUGUCGGACAAGCAGCUAUCCAUGUUUGUCGAGCUUUGGGGGCAAAGAUUUAUGCCACGGUCGGAAACGAAGAAAAGGUGCAAUAUCUGGUUGACCAUUUCGAUCUUAGCCGAUCAAACAUCUUCCACUCAAGAGACGAAUCAUUUGUGGGCGACCUGAUGCGCGAGACGAAUGGGCGCGGCGUUGACAUCGUCCUCAACUCGUUGGCAGGAAAACUUCUUCAUGCUUCAUGGAGAUGUGUUGCUCCAUUCGGCAAGAUGAUCGAACUCGGAAAACGAGACUUUCUGACGAACGGCAUUCUUGAUAUGGCACCAUUCCUUGCAAAUCGCGCUUUUGUGGGCGUAGAUAUGCUAGAGCUCGGUCAACAAGAUCUAAACACGUGGGAAUGGUUGACACAGCAAUUCAAGGCUUGGUAUGAAGAGGGUAAGAUCAAACCCAUUCAUCCCAUCAAAACUUUCGAGGCUGCAGAAGUCUCGAGUGCAUUUCGGUAUAUACAGAAGGGUACCCAUAUCGGUAAGAUCUUGGUCAAGAUGCCCAGUUCGCCAGAUGAGCUCCCAUCUGCACCCGCUCCCUCGGCCUAUAGCUUCACUCCCACUGUAUCUUAUCUAUUGGUUGGUGGGCUUGGCGGGCUCGGUCGCUCUGUGUCAAAUUGGAUGGUUGAGCGAGGUGCUCGCGAGAUUGUAUAUCUCUCUCCCUCCGCCGGCCAGUCAGAGAGCGAUCGCCUCUUCGGUGAUGAACUGAGUCUCCAGGGCUGUGAGGCUAUAUUCGUCCCCGGGAACGUGGCGGUGCUUGAAGACGUACAGAAGGCGGUUACGAGAUGCACGAAGCCUUUGGCAGGAGUCAUGCUCUUGUCUAUGGUCCUACGGGAUCAAACCUAUUUCAAGAUGAGCUACGAGGACUGGACCACAUGCUUAGACCCGAAGGUGCAAGGGGCCUGGAACCUCCACCAUGCUGUCCAGGAUCAAGGCCUCGACUUUUUCGUCGUGUUCAGCUCUAUCUCCGCAGUCAACGGCUUCACAGGCCAGGCCAAUUAUGCCGCUGCCAACUCAUUCUUGUCGGCCUUCACAAAGUAUCGUCGACAGCUCGGUCUAGCGUCGUCCAUUCUCGAUCUCGGCCCGGUUGAAGACGUGGGUACGCUCAGCACCAACGUGAAAUAUCUCCACACUCUGCGCCGUAACGGCAUCCGCAUGCUGCACGAGCAGGAAGUCCUCCAAGGCCUCGAAGUCGCGAUCUGGCAAUCUAUCAACCACGAUAAUGAUGUUGCGUGCCAGGGACUAAUUUCAAACCCGGCCAUCGUCGGCCUCGGCAGCACCAAGCCCAUCACCGACUCAACUAUCCGGACCACCUGGCGCCGAGAGGACCCGCGCUUUGCCCUGUACGCGAACAUGGACCUGAAGGGGUCGCGGCAUGAGAUCGAGAACAACGAGCUGCGGACGAUCGCGGACGCGAUCCAGCGCGAUCCCUCGCUGGCCGAUGAUCCGCGGACGAGAAAAAUGAUCAUCCUCGAGAUGGGCAGGAUGAUCCUUCCGCAGAUCGUGUCGGACGACGAGGCCGCGCAGGCGCAGUGCGAGAGUAUCAAGAUCGAUUCCCUUAUGGCUAUUGAAAUCAAGGCGUGGGCGAGACGGGUGCUGACCUUGGAUGUUAGUCUGGUUGAGAUCGGCAAGGCGGCCACCGUGGGCGGGCUGGCGGUUCUGUGUCUUAAGCAUAUUAAGGCUCGGUACGAGAAGGGGUAG